AUGAGCUAUGUAGAAAUUUUAGAUCUUUCAAAUAAUAUGUUAAGUGGUAUAAUUCCAGAGUGCAUGGGAAAUUUUAGCAGUCUUCAUGUGUUGGAUUUGCGGAAGAAUAGGUUUUAUGGCUCCAUUCUUGGAACAUUUGCGGAGAGAAAUCAUUACAGGAUCCUUAACUUGAACGACAAUGGGUUGGAAGGACCAGUUCCACGAUCUUUGCUCAAUUGUUCAAAACUUGAAGUUCUGGAUCUUGGAAACAACAAGAUAAAUGAUACAUUCCCAUAUUGGUUGGGAAAUCUUCUAGAGCUACGAGUUUUGGUUCUUCAUUCCAAUAAGUUUUAUGGUUCUAUAUGGGAUUGUUCCAAGACAAACAAGUGCUUUCCAAAGUUGAGAAUCUUUGAUCUCUCAAACAACAGCUUCAUCGAUUUUUUGUCUGCUCGGUAUUUCAAAAACCUUGAAGCCAUGAUGGAUGUUGGUGCAGAUGAAAGGAAAUUGAAAUAUAUGGGUGAAAAUUAUUGUCACAAUUUCGUGAUGGUGACACUAAAAGGGUUCAACUCAUUAUCUUCAAAUGUUACAUUCAUAAGCAUUUUGUUGUCACAGGAAUAA